GAGGAGCAGGGCUGAAGCGCCAGUCCUGAGGGGAAGAGGAGUCCGGUCGUGCAGGGCCAGCGGGCAGGGAUGCUGGUGCCGGCGCCGGUGCAGCUGGCUCAGUGAGCGCGGGCUCCAGCUCCAGAGUGGCAGGCGGGGCUCCUGCGGCGUGAUUGACCGGCCGACGGACCAAGCGGCAGAGGGAAGGGGCGGAGAGGGGAGAGGAGGCUGCAACGCGCCCGCGCGCCGCAGGGAGGCGCGAGCGAAGAAGCCGCGGGCAGGCGGCGCACUCCCCCUGCAGGCCGGACAGACUCUGAAAAGCUUUGACCCAGGAGAAAAAUACUUCUGCAACACUUCGUGGAGUGAUGUCUCUCUUUGGGAAUCUGUGGCUAAACGAAAACACCUGGUCAUCUUAGUAUCAUACCUGUUAGGAUUGUGAGUGCCCAUAUUCCGAAGAUACCAUGGAAACCUGGAGAGUCUUUUGAAUUCUACAACUUCAUUACAGAAUCAUGGAACUGAAAAGGACCAUACAGGCCAUCUAGCCCAAUCCUCUGCUCUGUGUAUGAUCAGCCUAAAGCAUCCCUGUCAAAGUGAUUGUGAUCCAGUUUCCAUGGCAGUACUACAACAUUGAGAUAUAGAACUAAUCCAUACUGCUGUAGCCUGUGCAAGUUUUCAUCUAAAUUUAUUAGCUCUUUCAAAAACCACUUGAACCGUUUCCAUGAAGAUGAAGUUGACCAAGAACUAGUCGUCGCGUGCCCAGAAUGUGCGUUUGCUGCUCACUCCAAGAUAGUGGGGAAACAUCUUAGGAUGUUUCACUCGAAGAAAAAAAUACAAAACUACAGCGUCAGUGGUGGCAUGAGGCAGUUCCGCAGCGACGCCGUAAACUUCAUCUGUCAGAAGUGUCAGUUUACGGACACAUUGUAUUACAAUACCAAGAAACACGUGCUGGUAUCCCAUUUCCCAAAUCUCAUAAACACGUAUUUUGAGGACAGGGUUGACGAAAGUGAAGAGAAUUUUACGGAUCACUACUGUAAAAAAUGCAACGCUUUUGCGAACAGCCGGGAUUCUUUAAUUUAUCACAUCUUGACAUCCGAAGUGCACAAAGACAUGGAGAACAUACUGAGGCCUCUAAUUUCAGUACAGCCUAAGAAGUCAGGGCAAGCAAAGUCUUUGCCGACUGUCAGUAUAGCUCCCAAGCCUUGCAUGGUCGGAGCUAGUCCACCCUUAAUACCUACAACAGCCUCAGUGAGUUCGGCUCCUGCCACAUCAUGUGUUCAGCUUUCUCUUCCUCCAGCCAGCCAGAAUCAAGCUCUGGUACCAACAAAAGCAGUUCAAAAUACAGUUGGACCACUGAGCGGUUCAUGUGCCUCCAGCAGCAUCCAGUGCACAUCCCCUACAACGUCAGUGGCUCAGUCCCAUAUUUCACUUGUGUCUGGUUCUGGCCCGGGAGGUCAAAAUAACGUUUCACUUCAGUCUGUGGUUCCCCAGUCGGUCUUCGUCGCUCCUCGGCUUCCCAUAAAACAGUCUGUAAGACCUGGGGUUUUCUGCUUGAACCAGCCUUCUGGCACCAUAAACAGGGCUGUUCCUCCAGGCGUCAUCUCGUUUAACCGGCCUAUCAGGCCCACUCUGUUUCCUGUUAAUCAAACCGUUAGGACUAUCAGCAGUCCAGUUGUGCCCGGGGUGUUCCCUGGGACCCAGGCACCUGGGACUCUGAACAGACCCAUGAGGGCCAGUGCUGUUCCAGUAAACAGACCUUGCGUGCCUGGGAUCCUUGCUGCAAAUAGACCUGUGGGCAGUUUGAAUCGACCCAACGGUCCUGGGAUUCUUCCGGUGACCCAGACCAUCACGUCGGGGGUCCUUCAGUUUAAUCAUCCUGUUGCACCAGGGGUUCUUCCUGUCAAUCAGUCAGUUGGCCCGGGGAUUCUUCAGUUUAAUCAGCCUGUCGUACCAGGGGUUCUUCCUGUCAAUCAGCCUGUCCGACCUGUAGUUUCUCAAAAUACGACUUUACUUACUGCUGGACCUGUACUUCGACAGUUAAUUCCUACCGGGAAGCAAGUUAACGGAAUCCCUACCUACACCCUCGCACCUGUUUCUGUCGCUUUGCCUGGGCCGCCUGGUAGCGGGGUAUCCACAGCUACACCACCUCAAGUGCCUGUUCAGCUGAUGCAGUCUGGCACAGUUAAUCAGCUGCCUCAGCCUCCAGCUACGGUGCCUUCUCCUGUUUCUUCCACAGAUGCCCCUGCCAAGACUUCUCCCUCGGCUUCUGAAAUGAGUCUAGCUCUUAAACAGGCGAAGCAGUGGAAGACCUGCCCUGUUUGCAGUGAGCUUUUCCCAUCAAACGUCUAUCAGGUGCACAUGCAAGUUGCUCACAAAUUCAAUUUGCUACAGAAAAAGGCUUUGCUGGAGACUGAUAAAGCCGCUGCCUGCGCGCCUUUUCUGAGGUGGUUGAAAGAUAAGACAGUUAGAUGUUUUUCUUGCAAAUGUUUCCUUUCUGAGAUGGAGCUUAUAGAACAUAUCUUCUUGCAUGGGUUAGCUUGCCUAUUCUGCACCAGUACCUUCCAUGACUUAAAAUGCCUUGUAGAUCACACCAGAAAUGUGCAUAAAGGCAGAAAGAAACUGCAUGCCGAUUACGAUGACAAAGGAUUUCAGCUGGAAAGCAACUCCGAAGGGGACCUCCUGUUUCCUCACUUUGACUACAAUAUAACAUCACCGAAAGAAGAACUCGGUGAGAGAGAGGUGCACCUAGCAAUACUUGCUGGGGUAAAUUCAAGGACACUUAUUCCUCUGUACAUAAGACUGCAGCAUGAGACUCCUGAAACACAAAAGAAAGUUUCAACUUGCCCCUUCUGCUACGGAACUUUUACGAGCACCGGAGCUUAUGAGAUCCAUUUGAAGGACAGGCACCACAUCAUGCCGACUGUGCACACGAUUCUAAGGACUCCGGCUUUCAAAUGCAUCCACUGCUGUGGAGUGUACACUGGCAACAUGACUCUGACGGCUAUCGCCGUGCACUUGCUCCGUUGCCGGAGCGCUCCCAAAGACAGCAACCCGACUGUGAAAAUGGAGCUGGAACUUGACGAGAAGAAAGAUCUGCUGCCUGUGAACGGUGAGAAGGACGAUGCCGUGACUGUUACGACUAAGAGGAAAUGGUCUGAUCAUCUCUAUGCUAUUGCAGAGGACCAAGACAACGAGGACCAACCCUUCCUGAUUAUAAAUAGUGGCACAGCCCAAGUUCCAGUGAAGGAGGUGAAUUUUGUGCCUUCCAAGCGACAGAAGACUGAUAACAAAACUGAAAUAAAGGGGCAGCCUCCAGUAGAGGGUCUUAGUAUUUUAGCACUGAAUCCGAAGCCGUUCCAGCAUAGCUCAAAUGACGUUCAAAAACGUUUCCUUGCGGACUAUUUUCAUAAGAAGCCGUAUCCUACUAAAAAGGAGCUGGAACUGCUGUCUACCACUCUGUGUGCGUGGAAGGUUGAUAUUGCCUCCUUUUUUGGAAGAAAGAGACAUACCUGUCUGAAGUCGAUAAAAACUCUCAAGCCGUCCGUGCUUUUGGGCUUCAGUAUGUCUGAACUUAAAAAUGUUAAGCACAGUUUGAUCUUAAAGGGUGAAUCAGAAGAUCUGUAAUCUUUAAGCAGUUUAAUAUAAGACGGUCAAGCUUGCAUAACAACUUAGUUCAACAGUUGUCUUAUUUGGUUCAGUUUCUUGUGACUUAUUAAAAGAUUAGUACGCGGUGCCUCGUUCAGGUCGGGCAGUCGUUAAUUGUGGCAGUUAAGGGUACAGUAUAGAAUACCUGAGGCUUUGUUCUUUUGUUUUAUACUUUUUGUUGAUAAAGUAGUUUUCUCCAUCAUGGUUUUGUAUGCAAUUGUCAUAAAUUUCCUGGUUGUUGUUGGAUUUUUGUUUUUUGCUUAAUAGCUACGGUUUCUAAAAUAAAUGGCAUUGUUUUUGAUAAAAGAUCAAAACAGGCUUAGAUGGUGAUAAUAAAUUACCCUCUCCUAAAAUUAAGAUGGUCACUUGAAACUCAACCUUCAUAUUGUCUUUCAAAAAAAUACCCAAAUAACUUCAGCAACAAAUUGAAGCAUCUUUGCUAAUCAAAAGCACUGCUGGUUCCCUGUAUGUGGAACGGGGAGCCUCAGGCUGGGCUCUUCAGGUGCUGUUUAUGUCAAAUUGGAAAAAUUUGCCCUAUUGGAAAUUUUAGUUUAAUCUUGCUAGCUUUGAAACUGUUGUUUUCUUCUCUAACCUAGGCUGGAUUCAGUUUGAAAUGUCCGGAGGAAUUCUGAGGGUUUGCUUUAGUUUGAAACAAAAAAGAUGUAUAAUUUUUCCUGAAGUUUCAGGUUUUAUUUUCCAAGUAUUUGUUUGGUGCAAGAAAACCGAUGCCAAAUCCUUAGCUGGCUGCAGUGCCUAAGUAGGAAUCCCUUAGUCUGUUAUUAUUUCUGCGAGGGCAUUCUCUGUUGGUGUUGAAUACUAUUCCAAGAAAAAGCUGGCAUGCGCCCGUUGGCCUUCAGCUGUCCUGCCAGUAAGCUGGCAAUUGUUUCAGGGCAGAAUUGGUUAUAACCGUCAAACACUUCUCCUUCUGGCUGGUCUAUUUAUAUUUAGAGAUGCCAAUAAAAGUCAGCUUCAGCACUGCAAGCACAGGGAUAUUUUUCGUUGGCCAUCCUGCCUGAAUACGGGCUUGUGACAUCUGCAGUCUGAUUGGAUGAUGUGAAAAGUUCUUGAGAAAAAUGAGUGCGGCUAAACGUUUUUCUUCACUCAUCAGAAGGCAGUUGCAGAACUUUGAGCGUAGUUGAGUCUGUUGUAGUUUGCCACGGCAUUUGAAUCAAUGCUUGAGGAGCCGUCUCACCAUCAUUAUGGCAGCUGGAUUAGCUGUUGGAUACGUCACCCUGUACAUGAUAACCUCAUCUAAACUUGGACGAGAGACUGAGUAGGCAGCGUGUGUGUUCCUUUUUAAAACAAAAUAGAUCUCUGAAAGGUGUAACUGCUUUUGUUAGCUGCUGUUUUGACUUUAAAUUCUAAUUGGGGGGCAUUGUGUGUUUUGGUAUCCUUUAAAUCCCAGGAAACUAUUGUUAAUCUACUAAAAGAUCAAGAAAAUUUAAUUCAGCUUGAAUAAGACACACACCAUCAUGCCACUACAGGAUCAACAGUGAGGCAAAUAAUGUAUUUGAUGUGCUGAUUUCACAUUGUUUUCUAAUUAUUAACAAAUCUCUUCUACAGCAGGAGAGAUUUUAUUUUGGUGAAACUGCAUGUAAAUAGCUCUGUACAUACUAAGCAGUUACAUUACAAGCUGUUACAUUUCUAUAAAUGUCAGAAAAUUUUAA